AUGUCAAGUUCAAAGGCCAUAAAUCGCGACGAGGUUCAUGGAAAAUCGCCGAGAGGAUCAUCUGCAUUGGACAGAUUGUCUAACACUCAAAGCUCCCAUGGAUCCGAUCUAAAUCGGAAAUCAGUUUCAGGAUUAACUAUACCAACAGGAAAUUUUUUUCGAAAACUCGCCGAUGGUUCAUGGAUACCAAGAUAUCAGAACAGCUAUCGUUUAGUACCAUAUAAUCGAUUCAAUCCGGAAGUGGCUGAUUUCAUAAUAAAAAAUGUAAUGGAUAAAAAAUUAUCGUCUCUAACGGCAUAUGAUCCCACGGAAGUUGAAAAAUUAAUUACAGACAUAAUUAAUGAUGUAUUGAGAGCUCUUAUAAAACGAGAUUACGAUAGAUGCAAACUCGUCGUACAAGCGAGCGUGGUGCAGAAUGCUUUUCAAGGCAUUAAUGUCGGAUUGGGGUGUCUUUGUGACAGCGAGCGUGAUAAUUACUCUUAUUACGUCUAUGAAAAUAUUCACAUACAUGCUUGGUGCAUGGCAUUUGCUGUAUAUUAUGAAUAA